GCAUAUGCAUCAUUGGGGGAAAGUGAAAACCACAAAACUCGGCCAUAUUGAAUUCUGAUUAACAUCUAGUAGCUGUUGACUGACGCGACACAGCCAACAAGUGUUUUCUAACUGCCAGUCUGCUAUUUAUGAGUGAUAUCGAACUCUUGUUUUCCGAAUCAAAUGGCGACACGUAUUGAGUCUGAAAAUCCUGAGUCUGAUUUGUUACAUUUGAUCGAAGAUGUCAGUAAAGACAUCCCGCCUAAGUCUCUGAACUAUGUUCGAGUAUGCUUUUUGCUGGCUGCCAUUCUACCAUCAAAUGCACCGAAAACAGUCGUGAACGGUGAGAACCUCAUCAGUAGAAUCUAUCACGAAACUCUCAAGGAUAAGGAAGGAGGUCUUGCGAGGUUUUGGUAUGUUUUGAAUGAGACCCAAGCUUGUCCUGCUGAUUGGCUUAAAAAGCUGCGCAAAUCUGUUACUAAAGCAUAUGUUGUGCCUGUUUUGCUUACACCAAUGGUUCACUUUCGUUCAAUGAUUCUGAAAAUUGUGGCUAAUAUUGCAAACGAUAGAGAUGUAGCCAGCGGGAUUAUCAAUACAGCAGGAGCUACUUUUAAUCCUCGCACAACUCUCAACAAUCUAUCAAGGCCAUUGGACAACAAGGACUACACUGUUCCUUUGCUUGAGUUCUUUGAAAUAGCAGAGAAGCAAUUGGAAGUUGAACCUGACAACCUUGACAAUCUUCGUGAAUGGUUAAAGAAAGCUGGAUGCAAGAAGGUCAUAAGAGACUAUGUGGAUACCUUUGACCCUACAAAGGAAAUCAGGAUCUUGAAUAUACUUUUUUUAGGUACUGAGAAGCAGAACCAGCUGACUGACAUGAGCCAGAGAAUAGAAUCCGGAAGUACAGAAGAAGAGCGACGGCCAAGCAAAGGAGAGAGUGAGAUGGUCCCACUCCCAGGGAAUGGCACGAAGAUGGAUUGACUUUAUUUUCAUCCGAAUCACAUGCAGUAUAUCUAUAUAAACAAGCUGCUUUUUAAUAGCUAGGUUCACACACAGUCCAUGGUACCCCAUAAACAAAUACUUUGUUGCAGUUCAUUAUAUUGUUUAGUAUUUUAUCAUGAUACCUAGGCUAUUGACAUUCAUUUUGCACAAUUAACUUUUUCACCAUUAACUUUU